GUCAACUCUCUUGAAGCGUAGGAACUGCUGGGGGACAGCUGUGGAAAAGUAAGCAGGGAUGGCAAUGAGACUGAGAUGCUUGCGAGCGCGGGUUAUAAGCUCGGGAAUCACGCGUCAGUCCCCGGCCUCCCCCGCCGAGUUCCGGGAUGGUUCACGCCAGCAGCGCGCGAGGCUUGAAGAGCAGGACGUGGCGCGUUUCUGUUAGGCAGCUUCCCGUCCGCGCGGCCCGAUGGAUUCUCAGCGGGCUGAGGCUCGAGCUUUGGAAGCCGAGAUCAGCGCUUUGAGGCGGGCGUGCGUGGAGCCGCCGGCGCCCGGGGAAGACACCUCCCGAGUUCGAAAAUCAUUUCGAGACAUAUACCAAGCAGAUUCUGAAGGAUGGGAAUUGUCAAAGGAUCUGAGAAGUCAUCUUGGACAUUUAGAAUCAGAACUUCAGUUUCUAAGUACGCUUACUGGCAUCAGUAUAAGACAUUACUCCAAAAAGACAGAGGACCUAACGAGCACUGAGAUGACAGAAAAGAGUAUAAAGAAAGUUCUUCAGAGACACAGAUUAUCAGGAAAUUGCCACAUGAUUACGUUUCAACUUGAAUUUCAGCUUCUGGAAAUCCAGAAUGAGGAGAGUUUAUCUUCUGUUAUUACUGACCUCAGCAUAAUAAUGGAACCCACCGAAUAUUCAGAAUUAAGUGAAUUUGUGUCUAGAGCAGAAGAAAGAAGAGAUCUGUUUAUGUUUUUCCGAAGCCUACACUUCUUUGUGGAAUGGUGUGAAUAUCGUAAGCGCACAUUUAAACGUUUCAAGGGACUCUUCCUCACCACUCCACUGCCCCCCGCCCCCAGUACCAACUUGGCUCAUUUCAUGACUGUCAUCCACAGCUGGACACUAGCUGCCCUUCCCUCCCAGAAUCCUCAUUAUGAAAAGUACCCAGAGGCUGUGCACCUUUCAGAGGGGGCCUCCUCCAGCUGCAUGGGCAUCAGGAGCCCCAGCCGACCAGGGUUUGAACUAGUAAUUGUUUGGAGGAUACAAAUAGAUGAAGAAGGGAAGGUUUUGCCAAAGCUGGAUCUUCUCACCAAAGUGCCACUGCAAGCCCUGGAACUGGACAAGAACGGAGUCAUAGAAGCUGCUCCUCUCAGCUUCCGAACCCUACUGGGCGUGCUGGGCAUUGAAGCCACUCUGGAAAGUCUGAUUAAAUCACUUCACACAGAGGCAAGCAACUAGUUCCCAAAC